UGUUUCCAUUAUCAGGAUGGAGUGAGGAGGGUGCAGAGUAUGUUUGUGUGUGCUCAGCUUUCUUCUGUCCAAAGAAUGAAAAUUGAGAAAGAAGCGUCUGACUCUUCUCUAAGGCUCCAAGAUUGACUGCUCUGUUUGCAGAAGUCAGCUUUUUAUAGCAAAACAGAAAAAAUGGAAAUGAACAAAAAGAAGAAAAGAUUGCAAUAAGAAUAGACUGUUGACAUGGGAAGUAUCAGAAUUUGUGAAGUGAAACCAAUUAUGAAAUUUCUUUCUUAUGAAUUUGUUAUGUUGAUUUGUACACCUCAGAAGUUUUUGAGAAGGUCUCAUGAUCAGUAUUUUGAAGCAGUAAUGGUGGACCUUAUUUCCAGGUUUUAGCCCGAGUUAUCUACCAGCUUGGUGUGUGGUGUUGCAAACUGGACAUAGUACCCUAGUCAAAUCCUCACCAAUUAAAAAACAAAGAAAAUGACUGAAACAUUGGAACAUUAUUUCUACUGGAAGGCCAAUUAACAUCUAUUCCGCAAAUAUUUAAAGAGCAAGAACCUGGGCAAUGGCGCAGAACAGUCCACAGCUUGAUGUCCAGAUGCUCCAUGAUCUCCGACAACGCUUCCCUGAGAUUCCAGAGGGUGUGGUAUCACAGUGCAUGUUACAGAAUAACAACAACCUGGAAGCUUGCUGUAGAGCCCUUUCCCAAGAAAGCAGCAAAUACUUGUAUAUGGAGUAUCAGAGCCCAGAAGACAAUAGGAUGAACAGAAAUCGCUUUUUGCACAUUAACCUGGGUGUCCAUCCACCUAGUAACUACCAUGCAGGAGAUGGAGCUCAACUUAAUGGUGGUCGAACACUGGUACAUAGUUCAAGUGAUGGUCAUAUUGAUCCACAGCACACCCCAGGUAAACAGCUGAUAUGCUUAGUUCAGGAACCACACUCGGCCCCAGCUGUUGUGGCUGCUUCUUCUAACUACAACCCAUUUUUUAUGAAUGAACAGAAUAGAAAUGCAGCUACUCCUCCUCCACAACCACCUCAACAACCAUCUUCCAUGCCAACAGGAAUGACUACAUCUGCUAUGCAAGGGCCUUCACCACCACCACAGCCACCUCCCUCAUACAUGCACAUACCUCGUUAUAGUACAAAUCCAAUUACUGUUACAGUAUCACAGAACCUUCCCUCUGGACAGACUGUUCCCAGAGCUUUGCAAAUUCUUCCACAAAUUCCAAGCAAUCUCUAUGGGUCUCCUGGUUCUAUAUAUAUUAGGCAAACAUCUCAAAGUUCACCAGGAAGACAGACUCCUCAGAGUACACCAUGGCAGUCCUCACCACAAGGCCCUAUACCACAUUAUAAUCCACGUCCUUUACCUGUUUAUCCACAUCAGCAAACCUAUCAGCCUUCUCAGUAUUCUCCCAAACAACCACAGAUCCCUCAAUCAGCUUAUCGAUCACCACCUACUUCUCAGUGUCCUUCACCUUUUGGUUCUCCUCAGCAUCAAGUGCAACCUCCUCAGUUGGGUCAUCAGAGUUCACAUGUCUUUAUGCCACCUAGUCCUUCAACUACUCCACCCCAUCUGUAUCAAGCACCUCCAAGCUAUCAGAAACAGGGAGGUCAUUCAGUAUCCUAUCUCCCUUACAGUGCAUCUAGUUUAUCCAAAGGUUCCAUGAAGAAGAUAGAAAUAACAGUUGAACCCCCACAGAGACCUGGGACAGCAAUUAAUAGAAGUCCAUCACCAAUAAGUAAUCAACCAUCUCAACGGAAUCAGCAUCCAUUGUAUACAGCCACCACUCCACCUUCAGGUUCUCCUUCAAGAGGAAUGUCAAAUCAGCCCAAACCUCCAUUUAGUGUUAAUCCAGUAUAUAUUACUUAUACACAACCAACUGGACCUUCAUGUGCUCCUACACCAUCUCCUCGGGUAAUGCCAAACCCAACAACAGUUUUCAAAAUUACUGUAGGCCGAGCAACAACUGAAAAUCUUUUAAACUUAGUGGACCAAGAAGAGCGUUCUGGAGCACCAGAACCUAUUCAGCCCAUUUCAUUGAUACCUGCACAGGGAGGAGAAAAAGGAAGCUAUAAAUUUCAGAGAAGUUGUAGUUCUGGAUCUGAUGAUUAUGCCUAUACUCAAGCCUUGCUAUUACAUCAACGAGCAAGGAUGGAGAGGUUAGCAAAACAAUUGAAACUUGAGAAAGAAGAACUAGAGCGAUUGAAGACUGAAGUUAAUGGUAUGGAGCAUGACCUUAUGCAGAGAAGACUUAGAAGAGUUAGCUGUACUACAGCAAUCCCAACUCCUGAGGAAAUGACACGAUUGAGAAGCAUGAACAGACAACUCCAGAUAAAUGUUGACUGUACACUGAAAGAAGUUGACCUCCUUCAAUCUAGAGGCAAAUUUGAUCCAAAAGCUAUGAAUAAUUUUUAUGACAACAUAGAACCAGGUCCAGUCGUGCCCCCAAAGCCAUCAAAAAAAGAAAAUUCAGAUCCCUGUACAACAGAGAGAAAAGCCAGAAGAAUCAGUGUGACUUCCAAAGUACAGAUAGAUCCCCUUGAUUCUCAGACCACUACUGCUGAUGAGCAUCCAAACAGCUCCAAGCAGAUUCCAAGGAACCAGCCACAAGAUGAAGACUUUGAGGGGGCUCCAUGGAAUUGUGAAAGUUGCACCUUUCUGAAUCACCCAGCAUUAAAUCGCUGUGAGCAGUGUGAGAUGCCGCGGUACACUUGAAUCGAGAAGAGCCGUUUAGACUGAGAGAGAAAUUCUGAGCUCCCACAGAGUUGAAAAGGAAACCUGGUGACUCCUUCAGUCCAUUUGACCAGUGUUUUCCUUUCCAAUUUUCUAGGGAGAAGGAGAAUUGAAAUAGUAUCCACUUGUCUACCACACUAAAGGAAAAAAAAUGAGGGGGAUGUUUUUCUUUCUUUACUACAUUGUGUGCUAAGUUAAAGGGAUACUUGAAACCAGGA